CUAAACAUUCAUACAUUGUAAAUUCCAUGAACGAAUUUGGAUAUUCGGGACCAAAUUUUGACAGACACGUUGAACAUCAAGACAAUACUACCAUAGGAAAGGUUAAGGAACGUUAUUGGAUUGCUAAACAGACUUUUCGCAAAAAAUUGGGUAAAAAAGAGGAUGAUUGUGUUAUUGCUUGUGAUGCUGAGCUAGAUGCAAAACUCGAGAUCUUUAAUUCGAUAGCUACCUCUUGCAUUGAUUUACUUCUUGUUAUUGAGGACUUUCAAGAAAAUGUUGCAGAAUUGGCUGAACAAGAAAAUCAUUUAGGUAAAUUUGUUCAAGAUAAAGCAAAACAGGAUAAAACAAAGGCUGCUACUAUGUUAUCCCUUUUUGGAAAAUCACAAUUACUUUCAGCAUAUCAUAGGAUACAGCUCCAAAAUCCGCUGCAAAGGAUGUACGACGACAUUUGCGUUUUCCACGACCGAGCCGUCAAGGAUACCUUUCAAACCAUAGAGAACAUGGAAAAGGCUCGUCUCAAUUACCGGGCAGCUUUGCUGUGGAUGAAGGACAUCUCCCAAAAUUUGGACCCUGACACAUUUAAGCAACUAGAAAAUUUUAGGAAAGUUCAAAAUCAAGUCAAGAGAACCAAGGCUAGGUUCGAAAAGCUCAAAGUGGAUUGCAUGCAGAAAAUAGACCUGCUCACGGCCAGCCGAUGCAACCUAUUUUCGAACGUUCUAUCUGGCUACCAGAAGUUUCUGGUUAGGUAUUGGGGCAGCAUGUCUAAAGUUCUCAGAAAAGUUCUCAAGAGUUUCGAUGGUUACCAGUAUUACGAAUUCAGCAAAUUGAAGCAAUUGACGGAAAUCAGCAAGAAAUUAGCUCAAGAAAUGGCUCCAACCGAACCUGGCACAUAUGGCGGCAAUUCCGGCAAAAUGGGGGAAGUAGAUUUGUCUACGGUCUUUAGCGAAACCUACGAGGAUUCUGAUCCAGAGACUUGUGGCGAAGAAUACAAAUCAUCGAAUCAAUCUCGCCAAAUAAAUCGGAACGACCAAUUUAUCGAAGUAGCCACAGAUGCGGUUUCGAGCCUGGGGGAACCGUUCAUUAGCAACGAGGAUGAGAUAAACACGAGCUACGAUAACGAUUUCAUCGAUAGACUGCUGUCCUUGGAUUUAGAUGGCGGUAAUGACGAGCCCAUGGUUCCUUGCGAUUCUAGGCCCGCCUUUGAAAACAAAACCGUAAAUAUGACCCUGAAGCAGGGCGACCCUGACACGAAUAUUAAUCUCCUAGAAGCUUCCUCUUCUUCCUCCUCCAUUUUCAGGGAUAGCUGCUCGAAAGAUACGAGAAUCGAUGAUGAUUCAAAUUUGGCCAAGUAUUUGUCUCUGGGAGAUAGGUUUAGCGGUGCCGAUCUCAGCUGUUUUGGCGAUUUCAUGCCCUCUUCCUUGUUGGAUGACCGAUUCUCUAACUCAGUGUCAACGUCUACUCAACUCAGCCCCACGCCAUAUUUACCUCCUCAAAAAAAAUCGAAUGCUAUCUUGGGCGAAAACCCGCUAGAUUCCGCCCAAAAUCCGUCCAAUAAAAACUUGAAACCGACCAAUAGAAAUGAUACUCUUCCUCCCGCCAAUAAAAAGAUUUUAUCCAACGGUUCUUGGCUCGAAAAAUUUGCGGAUUUAGAUCCCCUGGCUAAUCCGGAUCUCAUAGGUUACCUCGGUAAAGAGGAAGACAACGCUUAUCGAAAUUGUUAAAAAUACCCCUUCCCCCCUCUCCUCACCCUCGACCAGUACACCGAACAAAAGGGGAUAUUGGUAUUAUUUGAUUUGACACCUAAACGACGUAUUUUAAAUUAUUUGACUUGACAUUUCUCGGCUUUAUUAGCCUCUUAAAUAUGUAUAUUAUUACCAAACAUGAAUUAUUUGUAUCUACUUGCUUAUAUAGCUAAAAAACGGACGCAUUCCAAUUACGAAUACCGAUUAUUUUCAUUAUAUAUUUAUUUUUAUUGAAACAGGUUAAAAUUAAAAAUUUUUUCUCCCCUAAAAAAAUUGGUCUUUUUUUUAUAUAAAAUCUUAUUUUAAUUUACCAUUUUUCUUUUCUUUUUGUUGUAAUUUAAUAUUUUUUUUUAAUAUUUCUAUAAUAAAAGCAAAAAUCAUUUUUUUAUGUAUCAUUUAAACAAUUAAAAAAACAUUAUUUAAAUUUUAUAUUUUAUUAUAAUACCCAAAUUAUUCUCAUGUUUAAAAAGAUACAACUUUUAAGUCAAUUUUUGUCAAAUUUUGACAUCUGUCACUUAAUUAAAGUUUAUAUCUCUAAAACUCCUCUCAUUAUAGGGUUAGGGUCUAAUUACCGUCCUCUUCAAAGAAGCAUUUUGUAAAAAAUUUUAAAAAAAAUUAUCUAUUCCAAACAAGUGCAUUAAUAAAAACCAAAAGAAAAAAAGUGUAAUUAAAUUUUUCUAGUUGCAAUAACCAUAUGAUAAAUUAUAUUCUCCGUUUUAUAUUUAUUUUUAUUUUUGGAUUUAUAAAUUUUGUUUAUUUUUUUUUACUAAUUUUAUAUAUCGAUCAAUGUUAUUUAUUAUCAUCUUCAUUUUUUAUAAUUUUCGUGAUAUUUGUAUUGUACGAAAGAAGAAAGAACGUAACAUUCCUUCGAAAGAUUUAUUCUUCACAUUGAAUUUAGUUUUUGUUAAACGGGUAACUCAAUAUCAUAGCCAGAAAAAUAUUGCCUAAAGUUUCGGGAUUUCGAUAAUAUAUGUCUAGGACCUUUGUUCCUUCCGCGAACAAAUUCUUUAGGCUCUGCCGUAAUAUUUUUCUGGGUGAAAUGUUGAGAUAUCCUUUUCUAAAAAAUCGGCUGAAAAUGAGCACGAGCCGUUUAAACAACGCUACAUGAAUUUCCUUAUUUUUUUUUGUCCAUUGAUUUCGCAUAAUAAAUAUAUUAGUUCAAUUUAUUAUUUUUUAAAAUAUUAUAUAUAUUUUUUUAUAAAUUACAACUAAACAACGUGUUUAUAGUUUUUUUAAAUGCACGUGACCCGCCAUUUAUUUUUUUUCUUUCUCACUUAUUUUGUGUUUCAUAAACUAUUUACGAAUAAUAUAAAUUAUUUUAUUUAUAUAUUAUUAUAAUUCGUUGUUGAUAAACACCAAUAUAUGCCCCAUGUCCUUUCGUA